UUGUUUUGAAUUGUAGAAAGCAAUCAGCUUUGUACCAUUUAAUCAUUUAUUAUUAUUAUUAUCAUCAUUAUUAAUUAUUAUUUAUAUAAUCAAAAUCAGUGUAGUUUGCCCUUGAAUUUUUGAGGAAAUGAGAAAGUCAGGUUUAAUUUUUUAUUUAGGUUACAUUACAACCUGUUCACAUAUUGGCCAUAAAAAGUGAUUAAUACAUGGAAAUGAUAUAUAAAAUGCUUCAGAAUCUUAUACAUGGAAUCUUUAAGUGAAAAAAAACAUGAUAUAAGAUGUGACAGAAGAGGUCAGGAAGCCACCAACAGACCCCAAAGGAAAAAAUACUAUACUAAUAAACAGCAUUGAUUUGCAAAAUACAAAGAAAAGAAAUGACAAUAAAAAACAUCAAAACACAACUACAUCUAAAUGCAUCAUCAUCUGAUUUGCGAUGCUCUAUAUUUUCAUACCUUCUACCUCUGCCCCCUUUCUUGUCGUAACACUUAAAGUAGACACCUUAAAAUGGAUUUGGAAACAUGAGUUUGUCUUGUGAAUGGGACUUAGAAGACAUGGUUCAUCUGGUGUUCAGUCAGUUUUUAAUUAUGUGAAGCACCCUGAGCAGGCUGUUUUUAACCUCUAACCUGAAAAAAGCCUCAUUCCUCAACACUGACACAGUGGUGAUGACCUCUGACCUUUACUCUGAGGUUUAAUAGGAGCGUGUUGUUUCAGGCAGUAAAAACAGAAGCCAGACAAAGGGAAGGUUGGGGCCAAUCAUUAUUAUUUCUUAUGGCUUUUUUGUCAUUUAUAAACAUUUAUUUUAAUAAUGCAGUUUGAAAAAUAGUUUUUUUAAAAAUGCAUAAACUCAGAAGUCAAAUCCUCUACUUAAUUUUGUCUCAUCAUAUCACAUUUGUCACGUGGUAUCAUAAACAGCAACAUCAUUCUUAAAACCCUUCUGAUUUAAUUGCCACAUAUUGUUUUUAUCCCCUUUGCUGCUUCUUUGGUUGAUCCUGGAAAAGCUUUGAGUGGUUUCCUCAUGGGAUGCUACUGUGGUGCUUUUUAACUCCAGUCCCUGGACAAGUUAUUAGAGCUGCAGAGCAUAAUUGCAGCCUGGUUGAUGUGUGAAACGUCCACUCCACCAUGCUUCACCAGCUUUGCUUGCAUUGUGUAUUACUGACUUAAAAAGAGAGAAACUGUAAAAAAUAGAUAAAUAAUAAAAAUUUGAUAUUAUUAUUAUUAGUGUUGGUUCGAAUUCUAUUUGAAUUUGGAAGAUGCUGAGCAAGUAUAUAGUACUGCAGGAAAGAUGUAUUUCUGUAAGUCUGCUCAGAAGUUCGCAUCAUCCAGUUGCUUUUGACAAAAAGCCAAUAUGUGGAUUAUUGCAGAAAAUAAGCUCUAUGGCGUACAAAGGUUGACAAUAACAACUAAUCAACACCACUUUCAUUUUUAACUGAAAUGCUAUUUCGAGAAGUAAAAAGCUAACUUUAGGCUAUAAAUAAACUACACAACAGUUGCAUGACUUCAAUGUCAUCACCACUAAACGUCCAACUUGUAAUUGAGUCUAAUGAUUAAAAUCUACAAAUUGGAAAGUUUUAGUUAGAAUAGUUUACAAGAGUAUAAACAUGAGGCUGUCAAGAUGGACUAGUGAGCAGGUAAGUCUCGUCUUUGGCGUUUAACUUGUUAACAACUGCCUUCCAUACUUCAUUUCAGGCAUCUAACCAAAAACCCAUUCAAAAAUUCCCAUUGAUUUUGAGGCGAGGGAUCUGGUGCAAAAAUAGUACUCUAUAGAUGUUGAUAAGGGAAUGGGGUAAAUCUUGUGUUAUUCCAUUUUGCAAUGCAAUUGAGAUCAAAGCUGCCACACACAUACCCUCAUAGCCUCUCAUUGGUUGACUGACUCAACCCAAGGCAUCAUGGCCAGUGGACGGCUAACAACAAACAACAACAAGGAUUUUCAACACAGAAAAAUGUAUCAUCACAGAAGACAUUCUACGUUAUUUGAUAACUAACUGUAAAUGCUGAAUAUGCUAAAUGUUUGCGAAAAAUGUGAAAAAUGUAGAAAAAGACUUAUUUGUGUUACUCAAAUUUUUGUUAUUUUACUAUUUAGAGUAAAAUGAACAUCAUUCACAUUAUUGUUCAGCUACCCAGCACCUCAGAAAUUUAAUCCUGUAUAUGAACAUAACUUUGAUGGGUGUAUGUAAUGUAAACCUUAUAUUAUCUCUUACAAUAAGGGACAUCAAAUGUUGAGGAUGAGAAAAACAAAUGGACAAAUGAGGAACUACCUGUUAGUAAACCAUUAGCUAAUGAGUAACUCCUAAUCAAAUUUGAUAGCGUAUGCUGAUUUGUUAAUGAUUAGUUAAUUAACAACCAAGUGAGGAACGGAUCAGGAACAACUUGAUAAUUGAUGAAUUGUUAAUAAAUACUACUCUAAUAGUAAUGAAUAAUUAAGUAAUGAUUAGUUCAUGAAUACCUGCGAAUCGAUCAUUGUUACCCUUUUCUUAAUGAGUCGUUUCUGUUUAACUUUGAACCAGCCAGUGAACACCACAAAACUGACUCAUUCAUUGUAAUUACUUAAUUGCUUAAACAAUUAAGUAGUUUUUAAGUAGUCCCUCAUUACUUCAUCACUAUUUUACGAUUACUUCGUAAACUAAACUGAAACAACUAAUUAAGAAAUUUGAUGUCCCUUUCUAGUAUCUAUUGUAUCGUUUAGAACUUUAGAGUACUUAUUAAUAAUGACUACAUUAAUUAUCAGGUUAUUCUUGAUUUGUUACUCACUUGUUUCUCAGUCAAGUAUUAAUUAAUCAUUAGCUGCUCUAUAAACUUUGAUUACUCAUUAACACAUUUUCAAUAGCAGGAAGUUCCUGAUUUGUUCCUCAUUUGUUGCCUGGUAACUACUCAAAAUGUUGUGUCUCUAAUUGUAAAGUGUUACCGCUUGUGUUUUUUGUAUCAAGACAGCCAGUGUUAAGAAGUCCCCUGUCGGGUUGUUAUGAGCUGUGGUGGUGGUGGUGGUGGUAGUGGUGGUGAGAGGAGAGGAUAAUGAUUUCACAUGAAAUAACUCUGGGGAUGAGGGCUGUGCUGUUGCUGCUGCUGUUAGUCACUCUAAUCACUAUUAAAACUGUAGCUGGAGGCAAAAACAAAAAUGAGAAAAACAAACCCUCCCAGUCCGGGUCAGAAUGCACUGACUGGCGCUAUGGCAACUGUGUCCCUAGCAACGGGGACUGUGGAGCAGGGUAUAGAGAUGGGUCAUGUGACCAGCAGAAGAAGAAGAUGAGAUGUAAAGUACCUUGCAACUGGAAAAAAGAAUUUGGAGCUGACUGUAAGUAUCGGUUUGGUGGUUGGGGAGAGUGUGAUCCAAGCUCUGGCUCGCGGACCAGAACAGGGACAUUGAAGAGGGCUCUGUAUAAUGUGGAGUGUCAGCAGACUAUUUCUGUCUCCAAACCUUGUCCUGGAAAAACCAAGACAAAAACCAAAGGAAAGAAGAAAAAAGGCAAGGGGAAAUAAAAAAGGCUGUACAGAAGAGUCUCCGGGUAUAGUCUUCAGCAAAUAAAAAUAUAACAAACACUGUGAGAACCAGUUUUUCUCAGACAGUUGGACAGUGGCCCAACACCAAUAGAUUUAUAGCCUGAUUUACAUACACACAUUUUUGAAUCUUCUCCAGGCUUCUUCAACCAUGACAAAAACAGAAAAAGACCUGCUUCUAUAUCAAAGUGCAUUUGGAAUAUAAUUUUUAUAAAUCUUUCUUUAGACCGUCGUGUUAUAAAUUCCUUCAAUUUUAAAUUUUGUGAAAAAUGUUAUCUGUGAGGCAUUCUCUAUAUCUGAGCCAUCACUACCAAACCUUCCAUAGAAUAAAUGCAUCUGGGUAUCCAUUCCAUCAUAGCUACACUGAGAAUGGCAGUUUUCUCAGCUCAUCUAUGCUUUGGGUCUAAAUCAUUUUGUUAAUUUUGGAUGUGUCAGUAGCAUCCAUACACAAACUGAAUGCUUUUGUGUUUCAUUGUUUCAGCUCAUUCUGUCGCAACAAACAGCCAAGAAUCCACCCUUUUCAAUAAUUCUAACCACUAUGGUUCUUGCAGAUCAAAGUGCAUUUGAAAUAUUAGCUUUAUAAAUUUGCCUUAAGGCUAUACAAGCCACCUAUUAUACAUUCCUUUCAUAUUGAAAAAAACAUGUAAUCUGUAAGGCUUUCCCUAAUUUUGACCUUUUUUAUCCUUACUCUUUAGAAUGGUCAUUGUUUUCUCCUGUAGAGUUGCUACAGUAUUUUUCCCAUUUUUCUUUUGUUUAUUAAAAUUUAAGAACAUA